AAAGACGAUGAAAUGAUAACCCACUAGUGAACGCUUACCAAUGGCGCCACCUAUACGAAAAUGAUGAGGUGUUCAAUGGCGGACAUAGUCUUCAUAAUGAACGGACUGAAUAUAUUGUUACGGACUGAGGCAAGGUCAGCAAGAUGGUCACCAAAGACAGUCAUAAAAGGAGAUUAUGAGUGUGCGGAGACAUUUAUUAAGCAUCCUCGUCAUUAUUUGGAGGAUGAAGACGAAUACGCACUCUUCAAACACACCUUCCUAUCCUAUUGUAAGGACCUAUGUGUCAACUACACCGAGUUCUUAUGCAGGUCGUUUAGCUACGAUCCAGAAUACAAAGACUGUUACAUUUUAAAAGGUUCCAUAGAAGACAAGGACUUGAUAUCCAGUAAUACAUUUGACCACUAUAGUAGAAUAUGUAGACUCAGGCCUUCAGCCACCACGCCAACUACCCAAUCUGACGAAGAGUUUACUGAAGAUAUACGAAGUGCCACAAUUAAACCAAAGCAUAAUACUAGACACCAGGGGAAACGGCCAGGCAGGCAUAGGCGUCCACGAAUCAGAACUACUACCACAACCAAAAUUCCAGUUGCCCAGGGCAGCAAAUCUAAAAGUGUCUCAAGUAGCCACAGGAACAUUUUAGACUUCACCAUGAUAGCAUUAUAUCUUCUACAGUUCUCCUGGAUCAGACAUCUAGCUAAAUAA